AUGCCGAAGCCAAUGCUUCCUAUUCGGAGUAUGCGGCUAUCGCUUCUGCAAUCAGCGGCCCUACUAGCUUUAGGAGCUCCUCCAGUGCUGUUACAUCUAUGUGAUUGGAUUGGGCAAGUGGGGGCACCGAACAAAUUGGAACAGGACAUUCUCUGCUUCGAAAUGUACUGUGGAAUUGGACAAGUGGUGCGAGAGUUUCGAACUCGAGGAGCCCCAGCGCAGGGCUUUGAUAACCAGAGAGACAUGGUUUUGGAGGACAUCACUUCGACUAUGGGCCUUGUCCGAGCAGUUACUAAUUGUCUGAGGCUACAAAGGCGUGGUCUCCUUUUUUUGGGACUACCAUGCAAUUCGCAUACUUGGAUGUCCUCUAGCCAGCAUGGAAGGGGACCUACUUUGCCCUUUGGAAAUGAAGUCUGGGGAUUCGUGGUCCUAGGCAACCAAAUAGCUUACCGCUCAGCAAUCAUGAUUAUGAUAGCCCUGGUUCGUUCUUGCCUGUGGUUGCUGGAGAAUCCUGGCAAUUCCAAGUGCACCUACUUACCGGUGUUGGAACAGCUGUUGUCCUUCAAGAAGCUGUUGGGAUCAUCAUCCACGAACUGGUGGAUGGGAUCAUUUGGAUCUUGGUCCUUGAAGAGGGAACUGGCUCUAGGGAAUGCGCCCUACAUGGGCCAGCUACAAGAGCCUAUGUCGAAGGAAACCCGUGAAGCAAUUGAGAACCGCAAGACUAUCCUCGGAAAGCGCAUGGUGAAAGUUACUAUUUCCAAAGAUGGAACUAAGUCAGUGUCUGGUGACAAAACCCACAUGCGGUCAUCAGCUGCAUACCCAAGACUUUUUGGGUCUCGAAUUGCUGAGCUACAUCUUCAAUGGAUGGCGAGUGACGAACCUGUCCCAGACCUUGCCGAGGUGGUCAUGGCAGGCUUUCAUGAAAUUGGUGGAGAUUGGUCCCGAGCUGGCUUGGAACCUAUAGUGGCGUUGCUGAAGGAAGCUAUCGACCAAAAAGUUUUCACCCCGGACCCGCUGAUUCCUUUACAGAUUGUGUACAUGGCACCUUCAAGUUCAAAGCAGAAGACUGCAGCGAAGUCCAAAGCCAUGCAGCCAGCUCCCGCUCCUGCAGCGGCUUUGUCGCACUCAUCGAAGGACCACUUUGAUGAGGACGCAGAGAUGAAGAAACUUGAAGAACGCAUGAUGAAGAAAGGUGAGGCUGCCCCAAAGAUGGUUGCAACCCCUCAAAAGGCUCCCAGAAGUGCCCAUGAGUUGAGCCCUGCUCCAGAAGGAGGUUCGAAGAGUAGAGUUAGGUGUAAGCCUGCUAUUCCAUCAAAGGUGGCAACUCCUGUCAAAAGCCCUGACCCCAAGAAGUCCAAGACCGUUGCUCCUGAUGUGGUGCUCGAGGUUCCCGAUGACUCUCAAGGACCUGCGGCAGGGGAUGAGGUUGGAUCUGUUCCCAAGGAUGGCUCGAUGGUGGAACCUUCUACCGGUACCUGUGAACAUGGAAAGCAAGGGGAACAGAUUUCUGGUUCCGAAGAUACGCCAAUGGAAGAUGCAGGUGAAUGCAAGCCGACGCUCAUGUCCAACGGCAGCAAUGGGAGUGCAGAGCUGCGCCGCAUUGACACCACGACUACGGUCCCUGAUAUCGGACUUGAAUGCCACUUGUUUAUGCAGCAGCUGGUUGGUGACCAUGACGUGGAAGCUCGGGAGAGGCUGCAUAUCCAAAUUUCCCACUGGUUUGAAAAAAUGCGUUCCUGGUAUGCCGAAGAAGGAGACAUUUGGGUAUCUCGACUUGACCCAGUACUGAAGCCCCAUUGUGAAUCUUUGGUGGUCUUGCUGAAUGAGAAAGAUGCCCAAAUGGCCAAUCUACAUCUAGCCCAGUUGGAUGAGAAGCCUAAGAUAGAUGAGGUGGAAAAGGGGUACAAGACCAUGUUGGCCAAGUUACCGGAAAUCAUCAAGAAGAACAACGAGGAUCCCAAGUCCCUGGAUUCCCGUACUUUUUCCCUUCUUCAGUGGAAAAGUGGAAAGAUGGAUUCCAUCAAGUCGGCAGGGAAAAAACUUGAAGCCGAACUCAGUUCCCUUAGUCUCAAGAUCCGUGCCUGUAUGGACCUGCUGAUUGAUGCUGUUCAAAAGGCUGACAACGUAGAUGAGUGCAUGGAAGUUCAAACGGAUCAACAAGUACCAGAAAAAAAUGAUGAUGAUGUGAUUAUGACGGAGUUGGAGGCUUUGAUGGCCCAGUGCGUUGUCUCCAAUGGUCCAGAUGUUGGUGACAGCUUCCUUCGUGAACCAACUUUGGUUCUUGGGCAGGGGGACACAGGUGCCAACCAACAAGAUGCCCCUAUGGAAUCCAUGCCGCAAGAUGCCCAGACUCCCCCGAGCCAGGAACCAGUUGUGGAACCUUCCCAGACUGUUGCCACCCCCGGUGCUGAUUCUGCUCAACUUUCCCCAGAAGAAGCUGCUUUGAAGCAUCUUCAAGAUAUGGAGGAUGGCCCUUUGAAAUCAUCAUUGUUGGCCCUUGUGUCCCAGGGUGGAGCUCGACCGGCUCCCUCCAGCAACACUCCAAGUGCUCCUGCUGCAGCUGAAACAGCAAUGCGCAGACAGGAUACAACCCAGUUGCAGGCGCAACACCAUGCCGUGGAUGCUGACGCAAUCCCGCAGCCAGAUGGGACCUUUUUGUACAGGGGGCCCAAGGGUCGCUUGGAAACUUGGGCUGAGAGGGAGUAUCGACUUGCACACAAUCAAAAAAUGUGCUUCAAUCGUUCAUUCCGCAAUGCUCCGGAUGAGGUCGUUCGUGCAUCGGCCAACAGAAAGUACAAUCGGGAUCUUCUUGCACUUCUUUACGAGGACUGGUUGAGUUCUGGGCAAUGCUGGGCCAAGUCAGCAACAUACCUGAAUGCUAUCAGGUCCAAGGAAGAGAGGAAACGUGGGACUUUCGUGAUGCGUGACAAGACAUGGUUGAUCGAAAAGUACACAGAGCCAGUAGCGAAGGAUAUUAUGCAGGACAAAAGGGCCAAACAGAGUGCCCGGAAGACACAUGACCCGAUUUACGUCAUGGACAACCCAGACUUGCCAGGCAGCGAGGAACAUCAGCUGUUCCGUGUCUUUGAUUCCUUAUCGUUUGAAGAUGAAGAAACUAACCGAUUUGAAAGUGGCAUCAACACCACUGGAGAGUUCAGCGAAGAGCAAAGCAAAGAGUUGAUGCCGGUGAUCCUGGCGGGCGCGAAGGAGUCUGGCUUAUUUGGAGGGGGUGAUGAGAGCCAGAACUUGCAAACACCUGGGGUUGGCAAUAAAGGGGCUGGUAAGGGAAAGCCUGGUGCUUCAACAACUUUGAAACCCCAGAAACCCAAGAAGGUUGCAGGAAUGAAGAAGCAAGUCCAGUCAAAGAUUUCCGUUAUUUCCACGAAGCUGACCGACCUUAAAGUCCUACGCAACAAGGUCGACAAUUCCCCAUUGUCAGCUGGCAUGACGACUGGCUACAUUGCCGAGUUGGAUGCCCGUGACAGUGAGUUGCAAGCCAGCAAGUUGGAGCUGGAAACCCUUUACAUGGUGGAAAAGGAUGACUCGGAGAUUGAAAGUGAUCCUGUCACCAAAGAUCAGUUCCAAAAGGCGUUGGAUUCGGUGGAUCAGCUCCUCCCCAGCUACAACACCACCAUUCGAUCUGUCAAGAUGGCCAUCGAUCCUCCGAAGCCGAAAGCCAAAGGAAAGGCCAAGGCUGCUGCCAAGAAGGAGUGA